AUGGAGCUGAAACCUUUAUUAAAGAAGCUGUUGUCAACACUCCGCGCUGUCUUCACCUUCCUCUUCGCUCUGGUCGUCCUGGGUGUGAUGGUUUGGGCUUAUGUGGAGGGUUUCCAGCUAGCAACUUCCCCGUAUGGGAUCAUCUCCUUUGGCUUUUAUGGUCUGCUCCUCACACUACAUGUGCUGGUCCAGAGCUUUUUUGCUUUCAUCGAGCACCGGCGAAUGAAAGCUCGCACAGAGGAAUGUUCUUACACCAAAACUAUUGGCUUCACUAUCUCGGCUUUCCAGGAGGACCCUGUCUAUCUGAGAGAGUGCCUCAACUCCAUCAGGGCCCUCAAGUACCCGCCUGAGCUUCUGCGCAUCAUCAUGGUGAUAGAUGGAAACUCAGAGGACGACAGAUACAUGAUGGACAUGUUUAGAGAGGUGUUCGCUGACCAAAACCCUGGCUUUUUUGUGUGGGAGAAUAACUACCACACAUGGGACCCAAUGCGGGCCCUGCAAAAUGCAGAAACUGGAUCAGUAGUGGGCUUAGGAGGAGAUGGUGAUUAUAUAAUGGGAGAGGAUCCUCAAAGGAAAGAGGUAGAGCGCCUAAUCAAGACAACCAGGUGUGUGUGCAUCAUGCAGAAGUGGGGCGGCAAGCGUGAAGUGAUGUACACAGCGUUCAAAGCUCUCGGGGAUUCAGUGGACUACAUACAGGUGCCUAGUUUUUAUCAAAUCACUUUGCAUUUUCUCAUGUAAGCUUAUUUUAUUAAGAGGCACUUUUUGUGACACAAUUUUCUUCUCCUUCUCCCCAGGUGUGUGACUCUGACACUAAGCUGGACCCUCUGGCCACUGUGGAACUGUGUAAAGUGUUGGAGAGCAACCACAAGUACGGUGCUGUGGGGGGAGACGUGAUGAUCCUCAACCAGAAAGACUCUUACAUCAGCUUCAUGAGCAGCCUCAGGUACUGGAUGGCUUUCAACAUCGAGAGAUCCUGCCAGUCCUUCUUUAACUGCGUGUCCUGCAUCAGUGGCCCUCUGGGUAAGACAUAUAAUUUUUGUUGUUAUGAUUCUCUUGCAGUGAUUGUAAUGGCUCACUAUAACUUGUGGUUUUUUUUUUCUUCUUUUUUAUGCAGGUCUGUACAGGAAUGAUCUUCUCCAGCAGUUUCUGGAGUCGUGGUACAAUCAGAAGUUUUUGGGAACUCACUGCACGUUUGGGGAUGACCGACAUCUUACCAACCGCAUGUUAAGCAUGGGCUAUGCCACAAAGUAAGUAUGGACAGAGAUGUUCAGAUGUUCGCUGGUGUCUGCUGACCGACCGUUUGAUAAAAAAAAAAAUGAACAAAAUGUUGUCAGAAAAGUAUUGACUGCUAACAUUUUAUUUGCUUUGACAACUAUAACUCUCUCCACGUCAUUCAUCUUUUAGGAAAUAGCUCAUGGUAUCUGAUUUAUUCAUUUAAUUGUGUUCUCACAGAUUACUUUCAGUGUAUGCUUAUCAACAUUGUGAGAGGGAAUGACAUCAGUUGGACUUAUCUUAAAGGAGUUGCCUUUUCCAUGCUGAUAAAUCUUUCAUUGACCUUUGCAUUUUCAUCUUUUAGAUACACUGCUCGCUCCAAAUGCUACACCGAGACGCCUGCUCAGUUUCUGCGCUGGUUAAACCAGCAGACCCGCUGGACUAAAUCGUACUUUCGGGAGUGGCUCUUCAAUGCAAUGUGGUGGCACAAGCACCACCUUUGGAUGACCUAUGAGUCUAUCGUCUCAGGUAUUUUCCCCUUCUUUGUCACCGCUACCAUCAUCCAGCUGUUCUGGACCGGCACGCUGUGGGAUGUUUUGUGGAUCCUGUGCUGCAUCCAGCUGAUCGGGCUGGUGAAAGCAGCCUACGCCUGCAUCCUGCGCAGAGACUUUGUGAUGGUGUUCAUGUCCCUCUACUCAGCUCUGUACAUGACCAGCCUGCUGCCUGCCAAGUAUUUCGCCAUUCUUACCAUGAACAAAAGCAGCUGGGGGACGUCAGGCAGGCGCAAGAUUGUAGGGAACUACAUUCCCCUGCUCCCUCUGUCAGUGUGGUCGGCCAUUUUGCUAGGAGGGUUGGGUUACACAAUCUACAAGGAAAGUCAGUUAGACUGGUCAACUGAUGCCAAGAGAGCAGAGGUUGAUUUUCUUGUCUUUGGCUGCAUGGCGUACAUAUGCUACUGGAUGUUUAUGAUGUGCCUGUACUGGGUGUGGUUUCGCAGGAUAAUAAGAGUACGAGCCAAAAGCUACUCAGUGAAUGUAUAA